UUGAUAUACGCCUCUUACCAACCAUUUUUUUUGGUAGACUGGUGAUUAAGGAUCAGGUGUUAUUAUUAAAAUUUAUUUUCCUAAGUUAUGAUUUAGUAAUAGAACUAUUCCUUCACUUUUAGUAAAUUUUUCAGUAAAAUAGAUAAAUUCCAAAUUGGCUUUUGGCACAGAAAAAAUAUAUAAUACAAAGGAGAGUUUAAAAUUGAAGGAUAAUCACCCUUACAUAUCAUAGAGCUAACAUCACCAUCUCUAAAAAAGGUUUAAACAGAAAGAAAACAUCAACUUUAACAAUAUUUUAUUUUUAAUAAUUGUAACAAUAUUUCGAGCUUAAAGAAAACAUGGAGGUAGAGUUUGAAAGCAAACACAGACUCGCCUAUCUCAAUAUAUCUACGUUGGUCCACAUUGGUGGUUUGUUGAACUUUUCCGCAGCCACAAGCCUUCGCAUUUAUCACGAUAUUUCCAACCCGAACAAGGAUUUGUACCUAAAAUUUGGUUACUCCUUUAAAUAUGUUUCAACGCUGAAUGCAGUAGUCCAGUCGAUAUAUUUCCUUAUAGCUCUCAUAGUUGAUAUUAUGAUAAGUUGUUCGUAUACUAUGGACGCUCCUCCCAGAUGGCUGAUGGUGAGAUCUUUCUACAGAUCGGCGAUAGCUAUACCAUAUGGAUCAUAUACGUGUGUAACGUUUUGGAUAUUCAUUUGGUACGAUGUAGGGUUGAUGGCGGAUUCCGGUCCGAAAUGGACGCGUCACAUAAUUUAUACGUCAAACACACUUUUUUUACUGCUUGAUGUGAUCUUUUGCAAGGGGGAAUCUGUCCGCAUUGGCACCGCUCUGAUUGUGAUGCACAUUCCAUGUACACUUUACUUCAUAUGGCUGCACAUCCUUUAUCACUUCACUGGAGUGUGGGCUGUUUCUGUUUUGAAACAUCUUACGCUCGUGGAGAGGUUGAUAUUAUACGUUUUUAACGUACUAGAAGUUUACUUGAGCUUUGUGAUUGGGAAGAUCCUAAACGACUUUCUGUGGGAUGAAAAUUUUGUCAGUCGCAUCCCGAUAUUCCGCAAUUUUGUCACAGCGCCUCCUCGUUUCAUUUUCGGACAGCCGUCUACAGAAUCUGCCAAAUUCAGACAAUUCUUGAGUCGUACCGAAAGCCUGCUUGUGGACAGACCACGUAAAAAGAAGAAAAAAGAAACCAACCGAACGCCAGUAGAACCUUAGAAUGGUGAGAUUUGGACUCAUGUUGAAAUUUCAUUCAAUCAGCAACUACGAAAUGCUUAAUCGGAUCGAUUGAAUACGUAUUACUUUUAAUGAGGAAGAAAUUAUCUGCCGAUGAACUCUAAAACGAAUAUAAGCCAUUAAAUAAUCGU